GCAGCUCAGGGAGCAGAAGCACAUAAAUUUCUGCUGCUGCUCCCAGCCCUGUUGCUUUUUACCAAAGACUUCCAACAGCAACAUGAAGUUGGGAGGGCUCCUCCUCCUUGUGAGCCUCAUCACCCUCAGCUUAGAGGUACAGGGGCUUCAGGCUGAAGUGAGACCAGUUCAAGAUGUGGGAAUCUGUGUGGACCGGUGCCGAGGAGACCUGGACUGUGGGGCUGGACAGCGGUGUCUCAGGAGGGGAUGUCGUCGAACCUGUGCUCCAGCCCUGGGACCAGUGAUAGGUAUCUGUGUGGAAGAAUGCCAGAGACACCGGGACUGUGGCGUAGGACGUCUGUGUGUCAGCAACGGAUGCGGCCAUGUCUGCCAGCCAGCCAGAGACCAAGAUGGAUCAAGACGUGGAAGUUGUCCAAGGCUGCCUCCAGGAACUAUAGGAACUUGUGUUGAAUUGUGUAGUGGAGAUGAAUCCUGUCCCAGGGGACAAAAAUGCUGCAGCCAUGGUUGUGGCCACUCCUGCCAAACUGCUGUUCCAGACGAGGAAGACUUCCUUAUCCGUUUGGAUGAUUAAUGGACCUCGGCCUUCAGUGACCACUCCCAAGUUUCAUCUUUAUUCCAAUACCCGGCUUCCCACUUUCCUACUGUCUUCUCCUGGCUGCUUUCUAUUCCUGGAACCCCAGUACCACAGGAUGAGGAUCUAAAAUAACUUUGUCUUGAGUGUUCAGUUCUGGCGAUUGUUGGAGGUAUCAUGGCAUAACUUCUUCCGAAAUUAUCCUUUUUCUAAAUAAAAUUACUUCUGUGGCAUUAUC